UUGCUGUGCAUUUAAAAUUGUAAAAUUUUUAAGGGCAAAACAUCGAUGCUUUGGACUUUUAACCAAUUCACAAUUUUGUAUUUAUGUUUUUUGUUCAACCCCAUAGCAUAAUUGAGUCGUCACUAUGUUUCACUGUGGACAUAUCAAAUUUUUGUAUAGUUUUGUCCCUGUAGGAUAUUUUAAUAAGUUGCUAUAAUUAUGACCACUACUGUACAUUUAUUUACUUACUUCAGUUAGUUACUUAUUGUUUUUUAAAUUAAUUUUAUUUCUACUGAAAACUAGAAUUUGGGUAUCAAAUUAAAAAAUAAAAAUGUUUAACCUUUACGUAUUAAAAAAUAUGAAUAAUAUAUAAUAAUUCCAUUUCUUACAAUUAGUAAUAAGAUUCUUUUAAUAUUCUUCAAGAUUAUUUCAUCAGCUACUCUGACCUAAUGCCAUGGUCACUUUCGUGUACAAAUGCAAGAGGAUCUUCCGACUGACCGUAAUCUUCACGUGCAUCUUCCUAUCAAUCUCGUACAUCAACCGGAAUCCGUUCUACUUGAAGCAACGCCUGCUUGAAAAACUCAACUAUAAGACUGAUUACAAAUAUCCAGGUAGUUUCGUCGGCUACGCACAUCCAUAUCCUAGUAACGAGAGUUAUUGCACGUUCAACUAUGGCCUUCCGCACGACUUUAAAUAUAACGACACAGACUUGACGGCCACCCCCGAAAUUGGAAAGAACAGCGAGUACAGAAUAUUGUACAACGUCGUGGAAAGCAAGUAUGGUGGUGAUUUGCCUGGCGUCACUUACGCCACUCAUAUAUCAGCUGAAUUCACCAAUUACAUCGCAGAAGUUGCCAGGUUGUGGGAGGGCCCAAUUAGUGUAGCAGCCUUCGCCCCACAUACAGACGCCGGAUCCAUACUUCAAGUGGUCAACCAACUAUGUUACUGUCUUCCAGAUAUGUCAAGAGUGUCGCUGCAUCUGGUGUUCAUGAAAAACCUGCCGCCGGAUUUGCACAACUCGGACUUUUCCAGGCCAGCGAAUUGUAACGUUCCGGAUGUUGAAAAGAUCACCACCUUCAGGUCCGAGUAUCGAGACAUAGCUUACCCCAUUAACGUUUGUAGGAAUGCCGCCAGAGUUUCCGCAGAUACCAAGCAUAUUUUAGUCUCAGACAUCCAGCUGCUGCCCAGCGAGAAACUAGCGAGCAGAUUCGUCGAAAUGUUGGACAAGUAUCGCAUAUCAAUAAGCGCAAACUCAAAAUUAGUAUUCGUAGUGCCUGUUUUCGAAGUAGAGUCCUACGUGGAAGUUCCUAGAAAUAAGGCCGCCCUGCUGUCGCUACUAAAGACAGAACACUCCGUAUAUUUUCAUAGAUACAUGUGCUUCCAUUGCCAAAAGUUUCCCGGAAUCGAACGAUGGAUCGAGGCUGAUUCCGGAUCCCAAGUUACGCCCUUUAUGACAACAAGGAGAGAGAUACCAUAUCAAAGGUGGGAACCCAUUUAUAUUGGGUCUCAUUUUGAGCCAUUGUAUAGUGAAGCCCUUUCAUGGGAGGGACUUCAGGAUAAAAUGCUUCAGAUGUUGGAGAUGUGCCUUUUAGAUUAUAAGCUAGUUAUCCUAGAUGGUGCUUUCCUGGUCCACUGGCCAGGUAUUAAGAAGGUUAAAACUUAUUACGAGACGUGGAGGAGUAAGUUCGAAGCAGAAAAUAAAAGACAAUAUAACAAAACCUUAAACACGUUUCUGCUUAAAUACAAGAAUAAACCCAGAUGUCAAUUGCAAUAGAUUAAUAAAGAAUUGCCUAAAUCAA